AUGGCACAAACUGGACUUAUGAUUUUCCUACUCAUAAGUUUACUACUGGUGGAUCAGACCAUCAGCCAGGCUUCCAAAUUCAAAGCCAGGAGGCACAGCAAACGUAGAGUGAAAGAAAAAGAUGACCUGAAGACCCAGAUUGACAAAUUGUGGCGAGAAGUAAAUGCUCUGAAAGAAAUGCAAGCACUCCAGACAGUGUGUCUCCGUGGGACAAAGGCCCAUAAGAAGUGCUACCUCAUGUCAGAAGGCACCAAGCAUUUCCAUGAAGCCAAUGAAGACUGCAUAACCAAGGGAGGGACACUGGCUAUCCCAAGGAAUAGCGAGGAAACAAACAUUCUCCGAGAUUAUGGCAAGAGAAGUACGCCCAGAGCAUCCGAGUUCUGGCUGGGGGUCACUGACAUGAUAAAUGAAGGGAAAUUUGUGGAUGUCAAUGGCAUGGUUCUGCAGUACUUCAACUGGGACCGUGCCCAGCCCAAUGGGGGCAAGCGUGAAAACUGUGUGUUUCUUUCCCUUUCAUCCCAAGGCAAGUGGGUGGAUGAGGUGUGUCGUACUGCCAAAAGAUACAUUUGUGAAUUCCUGAUCCCAUAA